AUGAGACCCAGAAGUCAUCGAUCUCAAUCGGCAACGAUAUCUCCUCAUAUAGCUGCCGAUAUUGAAGGCCAGGGCGAUGCGUUGCGGGCUCACUUCAGUCAACGAACACCAGCUCACUUUCGUAAACCUUCUGCAUCUUCAAACCUGCGGCUUCUACAUCGACCGAUGGACGUAGAUCCUGCAUACAUGUCCUACCCACUCUACUAUCCAACGGGCCAUCCCCAACCCGAGAAGAUGCAAAUUCCUCAGUAUGAAGGCUUGCGCGAAAUGAUCAAAUCAAAUGCCGCAAUGGUCUUUCCCAUCAUCGGCAAAGACUAUACUACGCCAGAGGACUUCGACAUCGUCAUAAGCUCCAACGUCACGAAGAAGAAUGGUUUCUUCGGCUACACAUCCCGCUCGUACAACGCGUCCCUUGUGUAUGGCCCGCAUCGUGAGCACAAUAUCGCGGCAGUCGGUCGAGCGGCGAAAACUUACGAGGACGCUUUGGAUGAACUCCUUGAUACGCUUUCGUUAGAGCUACACAUCAUGAUGCCGGUGAUGUGGAUACUGAGCUGGCGAAACAUGGUCGGAGAUAGGUUGGAUUUGUCACGUCGGGGGCUGGUACCACGAGCACAAGUGAAGGAGGAAGACUGGUGGAAGGAGAGGUUGAAGAGGAGAGGCAACUACAGGUAG